CAUAAAGGAAGUAAACAAGGAGGUUGUGUAAACAUUCUCACUGUCAAGAAUAAUUCGAGAUGACACUAAUAGAGAUAAUAAAGCUCAUAGUUUUUUUGAUUUGCUUUCUGGCUGGCUUCAGCACACUGGUAAGACUGACUAUUCAAUUAUAGAUUUCCUUACAUUGCUGCAUGUUUCAUAAAGCCCAGUGAGUGUGGAGAGACCAUGUCCAAUGGAAACAGUCACUUUCACCUGCACCGCUGCUGGAGAUUCCUUAAGAUGGGAACCGUCAGAUGUUACUCGUCUUCUUGUCCGCUCUGAUCUCAAUGUACCAAUGACGUUAUUUGGCUACACUGUGACACUGAUUGCAGCCAAUGACACUACAUUAACAUCUAUUCUGUCAAGAACAGCAGAAAAUGGGAUCACUGUGUCGUGUGUAGAUCCUGAGCCUACUGCGACCCUGAUAGGAUCUUCAAUAAUCCGUUUAGCUAAUCCACCAGGACCACCUUCCAUAAUAAGACACUCCACUUUAAACACCUCAGCCAAUGAAGUCAGUGUAUCUGUACAGUGGAACCCUCCUAUUGAGAAUGGUAGUAGAGAUGACCUCACCUACACAGUGACCAUAUCACCUCUGGCCCAGCUCUCUACUACUGUCCUCACAUCCACCUCUGUCACGGUGACUUCUCAAUACAAUGUCGACUACAUUGUCAGUGUUGUGGCUACCAACUGUGCCGGGAGCAGUACAACAGCUGAGCACAACUUUAGGAUUGGUAAGUAUUAUUGUUUUGUACACACAGUUUCAACUGAUCCUCUCAAGCAGCUGUCCUGCAUUGACCAACCCCGUGAAUGGAGCCUUUGAACCAGUCGCCAGCAGAUUACCAGGAUCCACAGUAACCAUCCAGUGUGGCGAUGGGUAUGUGUCUGCUGUUACAAUGGUGACAUGUGAGGGUAUACUGAUGUGGAGUCCAGACCCUGAGGCUAUUGAGUGUACAUUACUAACCACACCUACUCCUACAACUACUCCUUCAAUAAACUGCACAGCUUCCCUAUCCUCACCAAGGAAUGGCACCAUCAGUGAUCAUUCAGUACCAGCUAUUCCCGGUACACAAGUGACCUUCCAGUGCGACGAUGAACUGUUCCCUGAGGGAAUAAUGACUGCUACCUGUCUAGCUACAGGAAAGUGGGACGAGGAGAUCGUCUGCAGAGCUGCUCCUUGUAAUUGUGCCAGCCUAUCUGAUGGGAGUCGAUUUGAUGCAGCUGUCUCCAUCAGCGUGGUUGUCACGACAGUUGUGUUCACAAUUAUUGGAUUGUUGAUAGGACUCUUGAUCAUGUAUUUGCUCAUGAAGGCAGUGUACUCCCCAGCAGCUAAAGAGCAAGCUAAUGUAGGACCCACUAUACCAGCUGGUCCUGUUUAUGAGGAGGUGUCACCCAAAGAGGAGAUUGAACUGAAUACUAACCAGGCGUAUGGACCAGUAGGACUGUGAAACUUCUGUUAAUGUGCAUGCUUGUGAACGAUUUUAACAACUGUAAACAGCAACAUCUGUUCAUUAAAAGCCAUUACAUCUUUUGUACUAAAAAAGAAGCCAUAUUG